CCAGCUCUGGUUCAGUGUGAUUGGACCGCCCAUCAGCCAGUUACCAGGGGCGUGGAUCAAAGCGAACUGAAUGGGGGGGACAUUUGUGUGCCGUGCCGGUGCUGCCGAAUCUCAGCGGAGACAGACGAUGAAAAUAGUGUAUUUGUUGGGUGGACUAUCAUUGUCCUCAGUGGUGUAAAGCGGCACGACAGCAAGCGACGCUGGGGCGGAAUGCGACAAGAGGGAAAGCAGAUACAUACAAGCAAUAUUACCAUUUCUUUUCAGUCGGCAUGUUUUUUGGAUCCGUUUCCGAAAACGGGAUUCAAGCGUACUUCAUCAGCAGACGUCGAGUAGCCGCUGAGGAAAUGAGAAUGAUAUGCAGAUAAUCCACAUUUCGUCGUGGAUUAAUGGCUAAUUUACCUUGAGCCAUCUUUGACGAUGCCGCCCAUCGUUAGCAUCAGUUAAAGGCAGGUUGUUGGAGUGGUGUUGUAUGCUUCUUUACUUUUUUUUUUUUUACCAAGUUCUUCAUAUUGGAUACAUCUCGCCUGUGUUAUCCAUGCAAGUGUUGUUGGUGGUGUCUGUUGGGCAACUGCGUCACCGAGUGGAAGCUGCAGGUAUUCAUCUGUAAGCUGCAUAUUGCGAAAUCUACUCAUGGCACCUAUGACCUGCAAGCCAAAGUGACAUAACUCUUGAAUCAGCAUGGAACCGGAAGCUAAUUCAAACUCAGAGGACCACCCAGGACUGUAUUGUCAAUCACAAUAUGAACUGCAAACUAUGUCUGGAGCCAUGGAUGGCGGAAGCCAUGUGGACUCAGUGGUGAGAGGUGGCAGCGACCCUUCGUUCAGUUAUCAGAAGAUUGUGCAUCAGAGAUUCAUCAGGAGGAGUCUGUGGUUCUCCGACACAGAUGAGCAGUCCUUUGAGGCAUCUGAAUGUGAUCACAGGCUCCUUAAUAUAAACCUGCGAACAAUUGUAGGCAGGACUCGAGGGGCUAGUGUUGGUAUACAUGAGGACUCCAGCACUGAGAGUCAAGGUGGACAAAAAGACAGUGCUACAGAAAGUGCCAGCGCUGAUGAAGAAAGGGGGAAAAGUGGGAGAAAUGUAUCAAAUGCCACCUGCGGCGAUGGGGGCAAAACCACUGUCAAGCCAGCCAGCGAGGAGACGGAGGAAGAGGCAGAGAUGAAGGCUGUUUCUACAUCUCCAGGAGGACGCUUCCUCAAAUUUGACAUUGAGCUCGGGAGAGGGUCCUUUAAGACUGUCUAUAAGGGCCUGGAUACAGAAACCUGGGUGGAGGUUGCUUGGUGUGAGCUGCAGGAUCGUAAGCUGUCAAAAGUGGAACGUCAGCGCUUCAAGGAAGAGGCUGAAAUGUUAAAAGGUCUUCAACAUCCAAACAUUGUCCGCUUUUAUGACUUUUGGGAGUCUCCGCUCAAAGGGAAGAAGUGCAUUGUUCUAGUAACAGAGCUUAUGACAUCAGGGACACUAAAAACCUAUCUGAAGCGGUUUAAGGUAAUGAAGCCCAAGGUGCUAAGGAGCUGGUGCAGACAGAUCCUGAAAGGCCUUCACUUUCUCCACACAAGAACUCCUCCAAUAAUUCAUAGGGACCUGAAAUGUGAUAACAUAUUCAUCACUGGACCUACGGGGUCUGUCAAGAUUGGCGAUUUAGGACUAGCGACACUGAAAGCAGCCUCUUUUGCAAAAAGUGUCAUAGGCACUCCAGAGUUUAUGGCUCCAGAGAUGUAUGAAGAGCACUAUGAUGAAGCUGUGGAUGUCUACGCCUUUGGCAUGUGUAUGCUAGAAAUGGCCACCUCGGAAUACCCCUAUUCGGAAUGUCAGAAUGCUGCACAGAUUUACCGUAAAGUCACAAGUGGAGUCAAGCCAGCCAGUUACAACAAGGUCAUGGAUCCAGAAAUCAAGGAGAUUAUUGGGGAGUGCAUCUGCCAAAAGAGAGAGGAGAGGUAUACCAUCAAAGACCUCCUGAACCAUGCCUUCUUUGCUGAGGACACAGGAGUGAGGGUGGAGCUCGCUGAGGAGGAUGAUGGGAAAAAGACCUCAAUAGCCCUGAAAUUGUGGGUGGAGGACCAUAAGAAAUUGAAAGGAAAGUAUAAGGAAAGUGGAGCCAUUGAGUUCAUGUUUGACCUGGAAAAAGAAGUCCCAGAAGUGGUGGCGCAAGAGAUGGUUGAGUCUGGAUUCUUUCAUGAAAGUGACGCUAAGACUGUUGGAAAAUCUAUUAGGGACCGUGUGGCACUGAUCAAAUGGAGAAGAGAGAGAACUGUAUCAGCCGCUAAUCAAAUUGAUGGGGCAAACGGGUUCCAAGUGGCACCUUCUCAGGGUAUUGCACAUGCGAGACAGCCUCCUUUGCUGGAACCAGAGCCAGACUCUGAGCAGCACAGCCGACAACAUACCCCGCCAGCUAGUGUCACCUCAGUCACAUCAGACAGCACUUUUGACAGUGGCAAGGGCUCCACUGUGUACUCGGAUUCCCACAGCAGCCAGCAGAGUGUCCUCUAUCAGUCCCUACUGGAGCCCAUCACUAUGGCAACACAACAGUGCCACCGAAGUAUACCUUUUCAGACAGAUCGACCUCACUCCUGUGAAACAGGUGAAGUAUUGGGGGGGGUGCUAAGCCCAGAGCUUAGUACUCGUUUUGGAGCUGCAGCCCGCAGAGGAAGUGCUCCUGUCAUUGAUACUCACCACGCAGAACGCAUUGCUCAACUCCAUGCUCUAAAACAGUCUUGGAGAUCAGUUAGUCCCACCCCUGUAGUGAUAGAAAACCAACGGGAACAUCACUCAGAAGCUGCCAGUGGGAAUAUGACACUACCUGUGACAAGUGGCCGUAGACACUCUGACAUUAGCAAUCUAACCUGUCAUCGUAGCAACCAUUUCGCAAAGCAAAGAGGUCAUUUGUGGCAGGCUUCGCUUUCCCUGCUUCAUCUGGGGUCACAGGGAGUGAUCCAGCACCACCCAUCCUCUGAUUCAAAAUACUCCCUCUCCUCAAUGGGAACAUUGCCAAGCACAGGUUUGGGAAACCUUAAAAGUUCAAGUGAUUGUUCAGAUUUCUUACUGCUGCAGAAGUCCCUGUUCAAUAUAAUCAAUCAAAAAGGAACACCGUGUCGUACUGCAUCAACUUCAUCAGCUUCCCACAGAACACCCUGUGUUGCUCAAGUUUGCAACCUGAAGAGUCAGCUCCUGAGUGGCAGCUUAUUUGGGGAUAAAGAGCCUCCUCAUGUCAGCGAGGAUAGAUUCUUUGCAGGAGAGCAGCAAAUUGCCGGUGCUGUAGGAGUGGCCAAUUCUGUGGGACACCAGAAUCAAUCAUCAGAGCUCACAUCUCACCAAUGCCUCCAGCCUGGACAAAGUUACCCUUCUGCUCUCUAUGCUUGCCAACCCGGUGCUGCAACACCAAGUCCAGCUGGUUCAUGCUCAGGCAAUCUCCAUCAUGUAACCGGUGGUUGUUACACACCUCCAAGUGUGCAACAGCAGUCAGCAUUAAGUAUUUCAGCAUCAGCUGGGCCACAACAUGUUGCACAGUGCUACCAGACACAAUGUCACCAAGCACAGCAAGCAGCUUUGAACUGUGUUGCUUCAAUCCAGCAACAGACCUAUGCUGUGUCAAGUUGUCCCAGCUCAGUUCAGCAACAAACUACAGUCACUACAACUUCUCUACCAGCGCAGCAGUCAGAACAAAGUUGCUCUCUUACAUGUGCGUCCUCAAAUAUGGUAGCAAUGGCCCAGUGUCAUUUGGCAAACACUCCUAGUGCAUUGCAGCAGGUUCAAACUGUGGUUAAACUGUCAAAUCAGCAGAUUGGCCUGAGCUCCUCUGCAACAGCACUUUAUAGCCAACAGUCUUUAAUGCAAAACGCUCAAGGCAGUAUGCAGAAAACCCAAAAUAGUAGACAGGCUUGCAUUCAGACACAACUUCAGUGUGGCCCAGACACAAUGCACAGUAUACAACAACAAAUGCAUAAUAUACAGAAAAUGUCACAGCCUCUUCACCAUUCUCAGACUCUUCAAUCGUCUUGUCAACAAGAAGUACACAACCCAACCCUUCAGCAGCAAAACCAGAACCCCAUGCCAAUAACAGUACCACAAUCAAGCCAGGACAUAUCCCAGUCUACAGUCUCACCAGACCAGGCUGCAGCCACAAACCAACACUAUUCUACGACCAGUUUAUCUGAUGUGGGCUCUCAGAGUUAUACACAUUCUGCCCUUAGAGCAGUGCAGCAACAGGCGGUUCCUGUUCAGAGUCAGUACCGAGCUGCACAGUCAUCUGGUACACCACAGGUCUAUGGACGAGUUCCCCAGGUGCUGACUCAUCAGAGCCUUCCAGUCUCCUCACAACAUAUCCAAGCUGCCCAGGACAUGUCUGGUGGUCAGAGCAUUACAUUGGUUGAGCAAGAUGGAUUGAACCAUGGACAAAAUCUCCCCCACUCAGCGUGCAGUUUCACAGCCCAGACAAUAUCUGAUCAGCAGCUGCUAGCUGAAACAGCUGUCCGUCAGCAACUGCAACCACUGCAGAUUUCAUCACCACCAGAACCAGCACACUCAUGCCAGUUUUCUUCACAGCAUCCCACUGUCCGGGUGAUGGCAGCUGUUCCUGACUGUCAAGCCUCCAACCAUCAUUCACACACUGCCCCUCACUCUUCAGCAUCUUCUCUUAACCAUGUCUUCCUUUCCCCUGGAUAUACUUUCCCUAUAACUCCCGCUGUCUCUCCACUUUCUCCUAUUCACAAUGACGUGUUGUUGAAACCUCAACCUUCACCUAUGCUGGGUAAAAUGCCAACACCCACAUCUCCAAAUGAGCAGGGCACAGCUGCUCUGCAGCAAGGUGUCAGAGACGAUGUCUAUUACUCAGAACCUUCAUUUGUAUCAGCUCAAACCACACAUCCCUUAUACACACACUCUGGCCCGUCUCUGAGCACACACCCGCCCACAAACGACAGUGCUCUUACACAGCAUAUGUCAGACCAGGGCACACCUGCUACCUGUGGUCAUUUGGAAAAGCAAAACCAAAGUCAAGUUCAGAACCAGGUUCCCCCUCUCCAUUCCUCUGAGUCUCAGAGAACAUCGUCUGGGUCCGCGGUUUCCAGCCUGACACAGCCACAGCACAGUGGUCCAACUGAGGCCAACGGAGAGGAUCAGACUGCAGAAAAACACACUGGUGGACAAAGCUAUGACAGUGUCAACUCUGAUGCUACAUCAGGCAAGGAGAUGAGUGAUGGUUAUGAGGGGCCACAUGGUGGUAAAGGGGAGGUGAAAGUCCGCAAACACCACCGCAGGUCAACACGCACUCGGUCUCGCCAGGAAAAGAUUAGCAGGCCAAAGCUCAGCAUGUUAAACGUAUGUAACACAGGGGACAAGAUGGUGGAGUGCCAACUGGAAACGCACAAUCAUAAAAUGGUCACGUUUAAAUUUGACCUGGAUGGAGAUGCACCCGAAGAGAUUGCUACAUAUAUGGUGGAGAACGAUUUUAUCUUACCCUUAGAGAAAGAAGUGUUCAUUGAACAGCUGAAGGACAUCGUAGAUAAGGCUGAGGACCUGUUGAGCGAAGACACUGAGGGUGAGAGGAACUCUGACCAAGCAAGCAGUCCUGCAAGUGAUGGAGCUGGCACACUGGCAAUGGAGGGAAUUAAGUCUUGUGUCCCAAGCACCCCACAGCAGGUCUACCAACAAAAUGUCCUUCACACUGGCAAGCGCUGGUUUAUCAUCUGCCCAGUUGCUGAAAUGCCAAUCCAAGACCAAGAGAAAACUCCUCCUCUCAACUCAGCAGACAUGGAAUCUGGAAAGUCUGCCACACUGUCUGGAAAACCGAUCAGCAACACACCUCCAUGUUCUACUGCUCAUAAGUCUUUAUCUUCACAAGGCCCUCUGUCCACGUCAGUGCAGCUUCAAGACCAAAACACUGGCGUAGCCCAAGUCCUUCCGCCAGAGUCCACUGCCAUUAAAACAAAACCCAGUGCUGUGGCUGUUAGCCAAAGUGACACCCUUCCUGUUGAUGAACCUUGCAUCUCUGCUGUGUCUAUAGUAACUGACAUCCCAUGCUGUGCUUUUGUGCCACCAGUCUCUCCGGAUGUGACUGCUAUUGAUAAAGUAGCUGUUUUGGCCACACACACUGGUCAUGGCAAUCAGUCCAGUCCUACUGGUGACCUACCCUUACAGCUGACCACUCAUCAGUCUGUGGUCCUCCAGCAACCCUAUCCCACACCCAUAGCACCGGCGUCAGUCACCUCCCAACCCCAGAGUCCAGCGCAUCAGGUUGGCUCAUUAGGCCAUCCACAGCCAGCAGGUGCGGGGCCUGGAGAGUCAGACAGUGAGGGACCACGCCGGGUGGAGUUUGUUGAUCGCACCAUUAAGACUUUGGAUGAGAAGCUGAGGAACCUAUUGUACCAGGAACACGCUCCCUCCCAGCCUUCUAGUGCGCUGUCUGACCCUCAUACUUCCAGCACAGAAGCGAUCAGCUCAACAUCUGUCUCAGAUGGCCAGAGCAGUGAGGGGUCACUUGCCAAGAAACAGGGGGAACCAUUGGUAAACACUGAAAUUCCUCAGAUUCCUGAAAGCCCAGACUGUGUGGGUGCACAAAGUGACUCCGUUUUGGCAGCUUCUAAUUCAAACAGAAGAGAUGUGGCUGUGAGUUCUGGUCCAUAUAACUUCAAAAGCUGUUUUGAAGUAAGACCCACAUCACCAAAUGUAAUUUGCCAUGUGGAAAAAAGCAAGACUAGCAGCAGCACCUGCUUCUCCCCAACGCACUCUAGUGGUGCUCAAAGGUCCCACAGCCAUGGACCAGAUAGAAAUAACAAAGACUAUGUUAGUGCCGGAAGAUCCUCUUUGACAGCUGCAACCGAUAAAAGUACUAGUGCUUCCAGACCCCAAAUUAGUAACCGCUUCUCUGCCCCACCAAACCUCUUCCAGGCUACACCGGUGUCCAGCACUGAUGUCACACCGCAACAUAUACCACGGGCCAUGACCAUAGGCACCCCAACCCAUCAUCACUACCACCACUCGUCACACCUCUGCUCUGAUUCUGCAGAUGAGGACAGUAGCAGCAGCAAAGCUCCUCCCGUAGCCCAUGUUAAAACCCCAGCUCAUGCUUUUUCCGAGCACAAUGGAAGUGACCUCAUGAAGAGGGCGGUAGCCUUUCUGAAACGCUCUGGUCGGAGCAAAAGCGAGCUGAGUACUGAAUCACCGAGCCGACAGCCACUGGAAAUGAAUGGUCACGCUCCUUCACCUUCUACAGGACAUGCCCAUUCAUCCUACAUGAGUAGCGACAAUGACUCUGAGUUUGAGGAUGCCGACGUGAGGAAAGAACUACAGAAGCUGAGAGAAAAACACAUGAAAGAGAUCUCGGAACUGCAAGCGUUUCAGAGAAGUGAAAUUGAACGUCUGUACAAAGAGCUGGGAAAAUCUCUGCCCCCCAAUGUUGGCCUACUUCAUGCUGCUCCUCCCAGUGGACGAAGACGAAGAGCCAGUAAACACAAACUAAAGCCUGGAAAAUUGCUCAAUCCAAUGGUGCAGCAGCUCAAAAGCAAUCUCACCAACACCACCACCACAGUGGAGAGAAAAGGUGAAAGUACUGGCAGUUCGUCUGGGUCCCCCGCUAAAAGUUCGAUUCUGUCUGACGGUUCUGCACACUCCAGUGGCAGCUCCAGCUCUGGCAAACUGCGCAGCAGAGUCCCAGAGCAGGUCCACACGCAGCAACCCUGUUCUUUGAAAGGCUCUUUCUCCUCGGACAACAUUUGCACUGGGCAACACAUUGACGGGAUGACAAACUUGGCAAGUCAAGGCUGGACGGUUUACCACCAAACAUCAGAGAGAGUCACCUAUAAAUCUAGUAGCAAACCACGCACUAGAUUCCUCAGUGGACCUGUGUCUCUGUCCAUCUGGUCCACUCUGAAACGACUUUGUCUAGGCAAAGAGCGCAGUAGUAGGUCCUCUUUCAGUGCUGCCACAGUUCCAACACAGCCGUCACACGCCUCGGCCACAACAUCACCAUCUCCUCAGUCAAUCGGUCGGCUUGCUCAGGUCCAGACUAACAACAGCAACAAUAAGAGAAACACGUUUACAGACGACUUGCACAAAUUGGUAGAUGACUGGGCAAAGGAGACUAUAGCGGCGUCCCAUCAGCCAUCCCCUUCCUUGAACCAGAUCAAACAACAGAGGCGCUUACAAGACCUGAAAGGCAAAGCUGUGUCCAUGGGAGCAGCUAAAUAUAAGAUGAAAUGCCAUCCUGGUCCCAGCAGGUUGCCUCUCGCCUUCCCCCUGACAACUGCUGUGCACCCAAGUACCACAACAAGCCAAGGUCUCAAUUCUCCUCUAGCGUUGCCCCCUGGGUACUUUUUGCCAGCAUGCUCGUAUGAUGGGGCGGUUCCUGGUCCUCGUUACACUCAGCAAUGGCCUGGCGUGCCAGGCUCUGUUGUUUCACUGAGCCCCUUUGCCACCACAGCAAAACCUGGAAUCCAAGCCUCCCCUCUGGAGAUGUGCAACACUGAGAAUGGCCUCUGUCCAAAAUUUACCAGGACUACCUAAAACCUGCAGUUGUUGUGAAUGGAUAGUCCACUUGUAUUUUUGCUGAGUCACCACAGCUGCACAUGCACUUAUUAUGAGCUUGUAGGUAAGGAAAGGAAGUUUGAUAUUCUGAUAUUCUUUAUUUUGGUUUAAGAUUGUGUGCGUACGUUAUGUAUGAAGACUAAUGCUCACCAACUGAAAUCUGGUCAUUUGUCUUAUAUUACAACAUUUUCAGCAUUACUGCACUUUUAUUUGUUUAGACUAAACACAAAUGUACACUUUAAACACUACUUUGGAUUUCAAAUACUAGUUGGGCCCUAACAAAUCAUUUACCCGAACAACAGUAUUAUCAUUGAUGGAAUGUAGUGCCUUGAACAUUUUCUUCUGUGAAACAGCUUGUCUGCAUACACGUCUCUUUUUUCUUUUUCUUUUUUUUUUUUGAUGCGUCGCUUGAGUCGUCUUUUUUUUUUUUUAUGCCUCACGGACGUCUUUUUGGUUUAAUUAUGCCAUUGUAGCACUGCACUAUUAACACAUGCUCAUAUUCUCAUAAUAAAAUUAACUUUUUUUUUUUUUUACUUUCCAAAAUGCACUGUUGCCUUGUAAAGGAAAAUGGUUCAUUUGUUACUAAUGACAGAAGAAAGAUGAAUUACGCCAGCAGAUGAAACCCCCUCUUUCAGGUCAAAUGGUUCUGUUGGACACAGCACAAGAUUAGGAAGUGUUGUAGCCUUGUGUUGUGAGAGAAGGCAGUGUCCAGAGCCAUAAAUGAUGUACAUAGUUCUUUCUAAGUAACUGCCUCUGGUUAAGUUGUGGUCAGAAUGUAGCAAUUAAUAUGUGAAGGCUUGAGGCUUUAAAGUGCAAUUUAAUCUUUUCACAAAGCUUUGAUUGUGGCAUUGCCACAAGCCUUAUCUAAUGUGCAUAACUGGAGUAGUAAGCGAAAUGCUGGAAUGAAGUAUUAACAUGAAACUCUCAAUUCCGUACUGCUAAAUGUAUCUAGUACCCAGCGUCACGUGUAGUGUGCAAUCACCAGUUAACUGGACGUUUUUAAGUUAUUUGAUUUUUGAUGCUGCUAUUGUGUGAGGGAUACCACUGAACACUGAAGCCUUUUAUUGCCGUUAGAUGGUACUAAAAACAAAGUCCUUAAAUUGAAAUCACAAGGGACAAUUGCCUUUGACGUUUUGUUAGUUGGUUUCAGUUGCAGGCUGCACAGUGGCCUAGUGCUUAGCAUGUUAGCCACACAGUCAGGAGAUCGGGAAACUCUGGGCGUGAUUCUCCGUUUGGCAUCUCUGUGUGGAGUUUGCAUGUUCUCCCCGUCGUGCGUGGGCUUUCUCCGGGUACACCGGUUGCCUCCCACAUUCCAAAAAUAUGCAUGUUAGGUUAAUUGGUGACUCUAAAUUGCCCAUGGGGAUGAAUGUGAGUGUGAAUGGUUUGUUUAUACAGUAUGUGCCCUGCGAUCGGCUGGCGAAAAUGGAUGGAAGGGUUUCAGUUGCAUAAAGCAUUUUUCAAUUUUCAGAUAUUGCAAGUUUGAAAUGACAGCUAAUAAGGGAGAUUUGCACAACAUGUAGAGUCCCAUAAUUGUAUUUUAUGUUGAUGUAUUUUCUUGAGUGUAUGCAGUGGCUUUCACUGUCUGUAAUCUCUUUAAGUCACCAAAGUGUGGUCAGCAUUUGAUUUUUGACAAAACCGAGAGCAAGCAGUUAAUUUAUUGUGGCAUCACAUUUCCACAACACACGAAAGGUUUCAGGACCCUGGUCCUUCCAAGCUGUGAAUUGUACAGGUUUGUGUUAAGUGUAAACUGUAUAUUUUGUGUAUGCAUUGUGGAGAGGUUGGUUUGAUGUAUAGUAUACCAUCAAUUCAGUUUGAAUUGAACUUUUUAUAGUACAUUAUGCAGAAUCCUCUGCUUUGGGGAAAUUAUUCCAGUUGUAAGAGAUUUCUGUUCUCUGGCAUUUGUAUCUGGUGUUUUGUUGUUUUGAGAAGAGUAAGGGUACUUAUUGUUGACCAAUUCAUUUGGUGGCAGAGAUCAAAAGGCUGAAGUGCCAGUUCUGACUUUUUUCCUUCCUGCAUGUCUCUGACCAACAUUCCCUUGCAGUGACUAUGCUCAGAUUGUGGAGAAACUUGUAUUGAAAGUGAGUGGGAUUGCUUCGCCUGCCACUUUCCCUACUGCAUCACUCACCCUGCUGCACUGUAUGACUGUGUGAGAGAUAAAUAAAUAUUAUUUUCAGUCUGA